ACCGAGCGGCUCGUCCAUCUCUUCACGAAAGCCUUGUCCGUACGGAUCAACCGUCUACAACAAGAACAAGAUCCUACGGCUGAAACGGUUGCCACGUGUAAAGCGAACGAAAUGACGAUGGGUAACAACAACUCCACGGUGUUCACGAGCAGUGUGUGCAAAGAACAGUUCUUGUUUCGGACCAAGAACAACAAUUCUGAUUUCGAGUCUUGUUACUAUCUUUGGCUCAACCAACUAACGCCGUUUAUCCGGUUCGGUCAUUUAACGGCGAACCAAGCGAUCCUCGACGCGACGGAGACAAACGAUAACGGAGCUCUACACAUACUUGAUUUAGAUAUAUCACAAGGACUUCAAUGGCCUCCAUUGAUGCAAGCCCUAGCAGAGAGGUCAUCAAACCCUAACAGUCCACCUCCAUCUCUCCGCAUAACCGGAUGCGGUCGAGACUUAACCGGAUUAAACCGAACCGGAGACAGGUUAACCCGGUUUGCUAACUCUCUAGGUCUCCAAUUCCAGUUUCACACGCUAGUGAUCGUAGAAGAAGAUAUCGCUGGGCUCUUGCUACAGAUCCGAUUGUUAGCUCUCUCCUUCGUACAAGGAGAGACCAUUGCCGUCAAUUGUGUUCACUUCCUCCACAAGUUCUUUAACGACGAUGGAGACAUGAUCGGUCACUUUUUAUCAGUGAUCAAGAGCUUAAACCCUAGAAUCGUGACAAUGGCUGAGAGAGAAGCGAAUCAUGGAGAUCACUCGUUCUUGAAUAGAUUCUCCGAGGCCGUGGAUCAUUACGUGGCGAUCUUUGAUUCGUUGGAAGCGACUUUGCCGCCAAAUAGCCGAGAGAGACUAACCCUAGAGCAACGGUGGUUCGGUAAGGAGAUUUUUGAUGUUGUGGCGGCGGAAGCGAGGGAGAGAAAGCAAAGACAUCGGAGGUUUGAGAUUUGGGAAGAGAUGAUGAAGAGAUUUGGUUUCGUUAACGUUCCUAUUGGAAGCUUUGCUUUGUCUCAAGCUAAGCUUCUUCUUAGGCUCCAUUAUCCUUCAGAAGGUUAUAAUCUUCAGUUCCUUAACAAUUCUUUGUUUCUUGGGUGGCAAAGUCGUCUCCUCUUCUCCGUUUCAUCUUGGAAAUGAUCCAAAGAAGAGGGAAAAAAACCUAAAAUUUAAAUAUAAUAUAUAGAGAAAAAGGAUCGAUAUUUUUUGGUGUUAGGGCAAAAAAUUUAUGAUUUAGCAGAUGACGGAGGAGGACGAUGGCUCCGGCGAAGAUUGUCGACCACGGCGGAGGAUUCUUGGGAUGUGUGUCUUUUUGUUUCUUGGGAAGCUCAAACAAAGAGACAACCUAAUCUUUUGUGUUUAACCUACUAAUAUCUAUAUUAUUUUUUUCCCAAACUCAAAUCUUAGGUGUAUCGUUUUGACAUAUAUAAUCCCAUUUUGUCUCUUUUAUUAUAUUUAUUUUUAUUUGAUUCAAGUAGUCGAUCCACUACUA